AUGCAAGCUCCAGAAGCACCUGUGGCGGCUCCGAGUGCCCCGCGUUCGAGACAACGACGCCGGAGACCUGGCCCUGCCGCCUCCCGCGAUACUCAACAAAGUGGCACACCACAGGCCCCAAACGGCCAAAAUGCGAGCACUUUGCAGCAACCUGGCACAGGCCCAGCACCAACCUCUGACCGGACCCAAAACCCCGACCAGACGAGGCAGCGAAGACCAAACAAGGAAGGGCGAGGAUCAGGGCCUCGCCGAGGGCGUGGCGGUGCGCCUAGGAGAGGUGGGCAAGGAACGACUGCAGAACAAACAGAACAAAUACCUCCGAUGCAGUCGCGGGGUAUGAGAGCUCGAGGCUUUGCGGCGCGUUUGACCAGACCCGGUCAAGAACCCGAUGACCGCUGUACUGGAAUCUCGGCCAACGGUGAUGUCGACCCGAAUCUUCGCGCUGAUGCUCCCGACUUUGUACCCGGACCUGCGGGCACUAUCCCGCCUUCCUCGCUCCCACUUUCUACACCUACGAAGGGUAAAGGAAAAGCCAAUUCAAAGGCCCCACAGAGACCACCGAGGGUCACGACCAAAUCAACCGCCGAUGACAUCGCGACUCGGAUCCACGAAGACAUUGCUCAUAACCUCUACGAGUGCCCGAUCUGCACUAGUGAAUUAGGUCGGCGGUCUAAGGUCUGGGCCUGUGAACUCUGUUGGACAGUGUUUCACCUCAGUUGCGUCAAGAAAUGGUCGACAAAUGAGGGCUCAGCUGCUGCCCAUAGUCGCCAGAACGAGGAUGGUCAAAUGCCGCCCGUACCCAAGGCGUGGCGAUGUCCCGGUUGUAAUCUUUCGCAUGAAAGAUUCCCGUCUGCCUAUACUUGUUGGUGUGAGAAGGAGACCGAUCCGAGACCUCUGCCAGGCCUGCCGCCGCACUCCUGUGGGCAGACCUGUUCAAGGCCUCGCAAGGGCUGUCCUCACCCCUGCGACGCAACCUGCCACGCUGGCCCAUGUGCGCCGUGCACUGCCAUGGGACCGACCCAAGACUGUUUCUGUGGUCGCAAUUCAUCGACAAAGCGCUGUCAAGACACUGAUUACGAUCGUGGAUGGAGCUGUGGCGAGAUCUGUGGUGAUCUGCUACCUUGCGGAGAACACACAUGUCCUGUGCCGUGUCAUGAAGGACUAUGUGGUGCAUGCGAAGUUCGGAUUGAGGGUCGUUGCUACUGCGGCAAGGUUCAAACCGAUAUGCUUUGCAGUUCAAAGGAGGAUGAAAUGGAGAGCCAAGUCAUUCGCGAUGAUGGUUCCAAGGAGGAGUGGACAGGCUGCUUUGCCUGCCCCGACACGUGCGAACGCCAGUUUGACUGUGGUCUACAUUCGUGCCAAAAGCCGUGCCAUCCUCAGGACGCCCUUCCUGCACAUUGUCCCAAGUCGCCGGAGUCUGUGUCCCGCUGCCCCUGUGGGAAAACAAAAUUGAGCGAUAUUUCCGGCUUCACACCUCGCACCUCUUGUGAGGACCCUGUGCCAAAUUGCCGAGAACCCUGCGGUAAGAUGCUCGCCUGUGGCCACUCGUGCGACCAGAUCUGCCACACGGGUCCUUGUGGGAUGUGCAAGCGCCGCGUCCCCAUUGCAUGCCAAUGCGGACGUACCAGCGCAAUGAGUGUCUGUCAUCAAGGGAACGUUUGCCCCCCGCAAUGCUUCCGUCAGUGUAAGACCACCCUGCACUGUGGCCGUCACGCCUGCACUGAGCGUUGCUGUCCUGGAGAGCAGAAGGCCAUUGAACGACAAGCCUUACGCCGAAAGUUGAAGUCGCAUCUUCGUCCGACGGACGAAGACAUUGAGGCAGAGCAUAUAUGUACUCGGAUCUGUGGUCGAUUGCUGAAAUGCGGAAGACACACUUGUCCAGAGCUUUGUCACAAGGGAGCCUGCAAUACUUGCCGAGAAGCGAUCUUUGAGGAGAUCCCUUGUAAUUGUGGAAGGUCUAUUCUGUAUCCACCGCAGCCAUGUGGUACCAAGCCGCCUGCAUGUCCAUUCCCUUGUUCUCGUCCAAAGCGGUGUGGUCAUCCGCAAACUGCACAUAACUGUCAUCUGGACGAGGAAAGCUGUCCGAACUGUCCCUUCUUGACGGAGAAGGAGUGUCUUUGUGGCAAGAAGGUGAUGAAGAACGUUCCGUGUUGGCUCACUGACGCUCGUUGCGGUCAGGUCUGUGGUGCACUUCUGAAGUGUGGCUCUCACUACUGUAAGAAGGAUUGCCACCGACCUGGAGAGUGCGAAGAUGCGGAUAAGCCUUGUGAACAGGCUUGCGGAAAGAAUAAGUCUCUGUGUGGUCAUCCCUGUGAGGAGCAAUGCCACGCUCCAUACCCAUGUCCAGAGAAGACGCCGUGCACGUCCACACUUACUGUCACUUGUAACUGUGGCCGCCUACGCCAGGAGCGACGUUGUGGCGCUGCGAAAGCUAUCGCCUCUAAGGGUCAGCUUCAGCAAGCAGAGCGAUUACCUUCAUUGACCCUAUUGACUUGCGACGACGAGUGCUCCCGUUUGGAGCGAAAUCGUGGCCUCGCCUCUGCGCUUGGCGUCGAUAUAAACCCAACAACUACUGUUCAGGCAUAUACGUCCACCAAUCUUCCGUAUUCAGCCGAGACACUUGACCAGUACGUCAAACUUGCCUCGACCGUUCCACUCUCCACUCUGCAGACGUACGAGUCCAGCAUGCAUGCCCUUGCAACCGACAAUACCAGUCGGUCAUUCCGGUUCCAGCCUGCCAAGUCGACUUUGAGGGCUUAUGCCCACUCCUUGGCAACAGACUGGGGUUUCGUGACAGAAAGCCACGACCCGGAACCUCACCGACACGUCUUCGUCCUCAAGCCUCUUACCUGGACCCCUCCCGUCUUCGGCGUGGGCACCGGGUCAUCCGUCGGUAUUGGCGGUCUCAGCGUCCGCGAGUGUGUCAAGCUCCGAGAACGCGAGCGAACCAAAGAGCGAGACGCUCAACGCGCAGCAGCACUCGAGGCCAAGGCCGCUCGAGAAGCCUCCAAGACUCAGACUGGGGCCGACGGGUGGGCGCAGGUUGCCUCGCGCGCCAAGAAGCCUGGUGCGGAAAACAGCGCGCUCAGCACUCGAAGUACCACUCCGGUGCAGAACAUCUUCGAAAGCCGGUCCAUAUAUUCUGCUUUGGCGGGUGGCAGUAUGCCCGAAACGUCUAGCCAGUCUUCCAAGAAGGAACGACUAGUACUUCGGUCUGGCGUGGGCGCUAGUAAGGCUAUGCGCUCGCAAGCCCCUGCUGAAGUGGUCGAUAGCUGGGAGGAAGCCGAAGAGAAGGAGGAGUUGGCGGAAAAGGCCGAACAAGACCAGGAACAUGAACAGCCACAGCCACAGCCACAAGACCGGGAUCAUGGACAAGAAGCGUCUUUGAUUGAGGCCCAACAGUCGGAGAAUUCGGACAUUGUACAUGAGGCUUCUCAGGUCCCUGAGCAGCUCACGGCUGUCGACGCCGAAACUUCAUCCACAAAGUGA